GGGCAGAGGAAGCAGAGGGGAGGCCGAGCGCAGGACUGGCUAUGGCAGGGGGCCGGGGACUCCUGCUGACCCUGCUGCUGGUGGGACUGGCGAGCCCGGGGAAGGCCCAGGGGUCGCAGCCCCAGAAAGGUUUAUUUCCAGCCGUGCUGAAUCUCGCCACUAAUGCCCUUAUCACCACCAAUGCUACAUGUGGAGAACGAAACCCCGAAAUGUACUGCAAGCUGGUCGAGCAUGUCCCUGGACAGCCUGUGAGAAAUCCUCAGUGUCGUAUCUGCAAUCAGAACAGCAACAUUCCAUACCAGAGGCAUCCGAUAACGAAUGCAAUCGAUGGCAAAAACACUUGGUGGCAGAGUCCCAGCAUUAAGAAUGGGAUUGAAUAUCAUUAUGUGACCAUCACCUUGGAUCUGCGGCAGGUGUUCCAGAUUGCAUAUGUCAUUGUGAAGGCGGCCAACUCCCCACGGCCUGGAAAUUGGAUUCUGGAACGCUCCCUUGAUGGGAUCGAAUUCAAGCCGUGGCAGUACCACGCUGUCACCGACACAGAGUGCCUGACCCGCUACAACAUUUAUCCUCGUACUGGACCACCGUCCUAUGCCAAAGAUGAUGAGGCUAUCUGCACCUCCUUUUAUUCCAAGAUCCAUCCCCUGGAGAAUGGAGAGAUUCACACAUCUUUGAUCAAUGGAAGACCCAGUGCCGAUGACCCUUCCCCUGAACUCCUGGAAUUCACUUCUGCUCGUUAUAUUCGCCUGAGAUUUCAGAGGAUCCGGACACUGAAUGCUGACCUGAUGAUGUUUGCCCACAAAGAUCCCAGAGAAAUUGAUCCCAUAGUAACCAGAAGAUAUUACUACUCAGUCAAGGAUAUUUCUGUUGGAGGAAUGUGUAUUUGCUACGGUCAUGCAAGAGCUUGCCCUCUUGAUCCAGCAACAAAUAAAUCUCGCUGUGAGUGUGAACAUAACACCUGUGGAGAUAACUGUGAUCAGUGCUGUCCAGGAUUUCACCAAAAGCCUUGGAAAGCUGGGACCUUUCUCCUCAAGACUGAAUGUGAAGCAUGCAAUUGUCAUGGAAAGGCUGAAGAAUGCUAUUAUGAUGAAAAUGUCGCCAGCAGAAAUCUGAGUUUGAAUAUCAAUGGAAAGUACAUCGGGGGUGGUGUAUGCAUCAACUGUACCAAAAACACCACAGGCAUCAACUGUGAAUCAUGCAUUGACGGCUUCUUUCGGCCAAAAGGGGUCUCACCCAAUGAUCGACAACCAUGCCAUCCUUGUAACUGUGAUCCUAUUGGAUCUUUGAAUGACAUCUGUGUCAAAGACGAGAAAUAUGCCAGACGAGGACUGCCCCCUGGAUUCUGCCAUUGCAAAAGUGGAUUUGGAGGACGGAGUUGUGAUCGGUGUGCCUUGGGGUACACUGGCUACCCUGACUGCGUUCGCUGUAACUGCACCGUGAUGGGCAGCACAAACGAAGACCCCUGCAUUGGGCCCUGUAUCUGCAAGGACAACGUUGAGGGAGAAGACUGCAGUCGCUGUAAAGCAGGCUUCUUCAAUCUGCAACAGGACAAUCCCAAAGGCUGUGAGGAGUGUUUUUGUUCAGGGGUAUCGACUAUCUGCACAGACUCCUACUGGACAUAUAAGAAAAUUCACGACAUGAAUGGCUGGUAUCUGACUGACUUACCUGGCCUUGUUAGAGUUGGACCUCAGCAGGAUGACUUUGACAGACCGCAGGAACUCAGCAUCAACAGUGAGGAUGCCAGGAUGAAAUUACCUCAGACAUAUUACUGGACAGCCCCAGGCCCUUAUCUGGGUAACAAACUGACCUCAGCAGGAGGACAACUGAUGUUUACUAUCUCUUACGACUUGACAGAACAGAACACAGCUGUGGAAAGCAUACUUCCGCUCAGUGUUAUCCUAGAGGGAAGUGGCCUGCGAAUCAGCUCGACCCAGGAGGGGUUGCACCUGCAGCCAUCUGAAGAGCACACUAAUGUGGUGCUGCUUAAACCAGAAUCAUUCACUAUGCACAACAGCGUUUCCCCAAUCAGCCGAAAAGAAUUCAUGACGGUCUUCACGAAUAUAAAGCGGCUUCUCAUUCAGGCCACAUACAGCUUUGGGAUGGAUGCCAUCUUCAGGUUAAAGUCUGUUCACCUCGAAUCAGCAGUUCCUUAUUCCACAGAUGGAGACAUUGCUACUGCUGUGGAAUUAUGCCAGUGUCCUUCUGGAUACAGUGGUGCUUCUUGUGAAUCCUGCUGGCCAAGGCACCGGAGAGUGAAUGGGACGCUCUUUGGUGGGAUCUGUGAGCCGUGCCAGUGCUUUGGCCAUGCGGAGUCCUGCGAUGAUGUGACCGGAGAAUGCCUGGACUGCAAGGACCACACAGGUGGCCCAUUCUGUAAUAGAUGUCUUCCUGGUUUCUAUGGUGAUCCAACUAAAGGGACCACUGAUGACUGUCAGCUGUGUGCCUGCCCAUUAAAUAUACCAUCGAACAAUUUUAGCCCAACAUGCCACCUAGACCGAGGGCUCGGACUGGUAUGCGAUGAAUGUCCCUUUGGGUACGCGGGAUCACGCUGUGAGAGAUGUGCAGAAGGCUAUUUUGGACAACCAUCAGUACCUGGAGGAUCGUGUCAGCCAUGCCAGUGCAAUGACAACCUUGACUUCUCCAACCCUGGCAGCUGUGACAGCUUGUCUGGAGCUUGUCUGAUAUGCAAGCCAGGUACAACAGGCCGAUACUGUGAGCGGUGUGCUGAUGGAUAUUUUGGAGAUGCCGUUCAUGCAAAGAACUGUCAGCCCUGUCACUGCAACAUCAAUGGCUCAUUAUCGGAGGUCUGCAACACUGAGACAGGGCAGUGCAAAUGCAGAGCCAAUGUUCAAGGACGUCAGUGUGAUGAGUGCCAGCCUAAAACCUUUGGCCUGCAGUCUUCGAGAGGCUGUGUUCCUUGUCACUGCAACUCCUUUGGCUCCAAGAGCUUUGACUGUGAGGAGAGCGGGCAGUGUUGGUGCCAACCGGGUGUCACGGGGAAGAAAUGCGACCGCUGUGCUCAUGGAUACUACCGAUUCGAAGAGGGAGGAUGCACCCCCUGUCAGUGUUCCCAUCUAGGCAACAACUGUGACCCCAUCACCGGCCGCUGCAUCUGCCCUCCCAACACCCGGGGAGAGAAGUGUGAUAUGUGCACCUCCAACUCUUGGGGCCACAGCAUUGUCCAUGGGUGCAAGGCUUGUAACUGCAGUGCUGUUGGAUCACUAGCCUUCCAGUGUAAUUUAAAUACCGGCCACUGCCCUUGCCGCCCGGAGUUUUCAGGGCCAAAAUGCACUGAGUGCAGCCUGGGGCACUGGAAUUACCCCCAGUGUGAUCUCUGUGAAUGUUCCCUAGCAGGGACUGAGCUGCUGACCUGCCACGCAGAGAUUCAGAAAUGUUCCUGUGCCGAUCGCACAGGGCAGUGCAGCUGUAAGGUGAAUGUGGAAGGUCUCCACUGUGACAAGUGCCGGCCUGGCAAAUUUGGACUCAAUGCCAACAACCCACUUGGCUGUAGCGACUGCUAUUGCUUCGGCACGACAACUCAGUGCAGCGAAGCAAAUGGACUGAUCCGAAUGUGGAUCACUCUGAAACCUGAACAGACCAUCCUGCCACUGGUGGAUGAAGGACUCCAGCACACAACCACAAAAGGGAUUGUGUUCCAGCACCCAGAGAUUGUGGCAAACAUGGAGCUGGUAUUGCAGGAGUUCCAAAUGGAACCCUUUUAUUGGAAACUUCCAGAGCAAUUUGAAGGAAAGAAGUUGAAUGCUUACGGUGGCAAGCUGAAGUAUGCAAUUUAUUUUGAAGCUCGGGAGGAAACGGGCUUCUCCACCUAUAACCCCCAAGUCAUCAUUCGAGGUGGCCCUGCGACUCAUGCUAGAAUUAUUGUCCGACAUGUAGCUGCUCCCUUGAUUGGCCAACUCACAAGACAUGAGAUAGAAAUGACAGAGAAUGAGUGGAAAUACUUUGGUGAUGACCCUCGAAUCAGUAGGACCGUGACACGGGAGGACUUCUUGAAUGUACUCUAUGACAUUCAUUACAUUCUUAUCAAGGCUACUUAUGGAAAUAUCAUGCGACAAAGCAGGAUUUCGGAAAUAUCUCUGGAAGUAGCUGAGAAAGGAAAUAUAUCAGCAGUGAUUCCACAAGCUCAUUUGAUUGAAAAAUGUGAAUGUCCCCCAGGGUAUUCCGGCUUGUCUUGUGAGACAUGUGUUCCGGGAUUUUAUAGACUAUCUUCGGAACCCAGUGGGCAAAGAACUGGAUUAACCCUUGGUGCCUGUGUCCCAUGCCAGUGCAAUGGGCACAGCAAUUUCUGUGACCCUGAAACGUCUAUCUGUCAGAACUGUCAGCACAAUACUGCUGGAGACUCUUGUGAAAGGUGUGCUGUUGGGUACUAUGGAAUAGUCAGGGGAUUACCGGAUGACUGUCAGCGUUGUGCUUGCCCUCUAAUCAGUUCAAGCAACAAUUUCAGCCCCUCUUGUGUCCUGGAAGGAUUGGAUGACUACCGCUGUACGGCCUGUCCACGUGGAUAUGAGGGCCAAUAUUGUGAAAGAUGUGCCCCUGGCUACACCGGUAACCCCAGCAGCCCCGGAGGCUCCUGUCAGGAAUGUGAGUGCGAUCGCUAUGGUGCGCUGCCUGUCCCCUGUGACCCGAUCACGGGGCAGUGCACAUGCCGACCUGGAUCCACGGGCCUGAAGUGUGCAGGCUGCAAGCCCUGGCAUGCGCGUGAAGGCACGGACUGCAUGUUUUGUGGUGAUGAAUGCACAGGACUCCUUCUCGGAGACUUGGCUCGCCUGGAGCAGAUGGCUUCGAGCGUCAACCUGACUGGGCCACUCCCAGCCCCCUAUAAAAUGCUGCACAAUUUUGAAAAUGUGACUCAGGAGCUGAAGCAUUUGCUGUCACCUCAGCGGGCACCAGAGAGACUCCUUCAGCUUGCAGAGAGCAACUUAAAUACACUUGUGACUGAAAUGGAUGAGCUUCUGACCAGAGCUACCAAAGUGACAGCAGAUGGUGAACAAACUGGACAGGAUGCUGAGAGAACCAAUAUGAGAGCAAAGACCCUAGAAAAAUUGAUCAAUGAAAUCGUUCAGGAUGCAGAAGCUGUAAAUUGGAAAGCUGUAAAACUGAAUGAAACUCUUGGAGCCCAGGACAAGACCUUAGAGAAGAGUGUUCAGGAUCUUCAACAAGAGAUUGAUCAGAUGAUGACAAAACUAAGAAGGAAAAAUCUGGAUGCCCAACAAGAAGUAGCCCAGGAUGAGUUGGUAGCUGCUGAGGCCCUCCUGAAGAAAGUGAAGAAGCUCUUUGGAGAGCCCCGGGCAAAGAGCGAAGAACUUGAGAAGGAGGUGCGGGAGAAGCUGGAAGAUUACCAAAGCAAAGUAAAUGAUGCUCAGGACCUUCUAAGGGAAGCCACUGAUAAAAUCAGAGAGGCUGAAAGGUUUCUGCAGAAAAACCAGAAAAAUAUGACUCUUUUGGAGAGUAAGAAGCAAGCUGUAGAGAGUGGCAAACAAGAAGCUGAAAAUACCUUAAAAGAGGGGAAUGACAUACUGGGUGAAGCCAACCGUCUUGUAGAUGAAAUCAGCUCUGUAAUAGAUUAUGUGGAAGACAUUCAGCUGAAGUUGCCCACAAUGUCUGAAGAGCUUAAGGAUAAAACAGAUGAUCUGUCCCAAGAGAUAAAGGAUAGAAAGCUUCCAGAAAAAGUGGUACAAGCUGAAAGCCACGCAGCCCAACUGAAUGCAUCGUCUGCAGUCUUGGAUGGGAUCCUAGAAGAAGCUAAAAACAUUUCCUUCAAUGCCACUGCUGCCUUCAAAGCCUACAGUAAUAUCAAGGACUAUAUCGAUGAAGCUGAGAAUAUCGCCAAGGAAGCCAAAGCUCGAGCUAAUGAAGCUUCACAACUGGCAUCUGAUCCUCAAGGAUCAUUGAAAGAUGGAGCGAAAGGUGCUCUUCAGAAAAGCUAAAUUCUUAAUGAGGCUAAGAAGUUAGCAAACUCUGUUAAAGAAAAUGAGGAUGAACUGGGAAGCCUGAAAGCCAGGCAGCAAAAUGCCAAUGAAAAGAACAGUGGUCUUCACCGAGCUUUGAAUGAUACACUGGACAAGCUGUCAGCCAUUCCAAAUGAUACUGCCACUAAACUUUUAGCCGUCAAGGACAAGGCCCGGCAGGCCAACAGCACGGCAAGAGAUGUCCUCUCUCAGGUCAGAGACCUCAACAAGAAUCUCACCGGCCUGAGGAACAACUACAACAAAUUGGCAGAUGAUGUGGCCCAAACAAAUGCUGUGGUGAAAGAUCCAGUGAAAAACAAAAUCAUUGCAGAUGCAGACGCCACUGUCAAAAACUUAGAACAAGAAGCUGAUCGACUGCUAGAUAAACUCAAACCAAUAAAGGAACUUCAAGAUAAUCUAAAGAAAAACAUUUCGGAGAUAAAAGAACUAAUAAACCAAGCCCGGAAACAAGCCAAUUCUAUCAAAGUCUCGGUGUCCUCUGGGGGCGACUGCAUUCGUACGUACAAACCUGAAAUCAGGAAAGGAAGCUACAAUAGCAUCAUUGUCAAUGUGAAGACAGGUGUUGCUGACAACCUCCUCUUUUACCUUGGAAGUGCCAAGUUUACUGACUUUCUGGCUAUAGAAAUGCGCAAGGGCAAAGUCAGUUUCCUCUGGGAUGUAGGAUCUGGUGUUGGGCGUGUGGAAUAUCCAGAUUUGACUAUUGAUGACUCUUACUGGUAUCGCAUCGAAGCUUCCAGGACUGGGAGAAAUGGGACCAUUUCAGUUCGUGCCCUGGAUGGACCUAAAGCCAGCAUUGUGCCGGGCACCCACAGCUCAGCCUCUCCCCCUGGUUAUACUAUCCUAGAUGUGGACUCCAAUGCGAUGCUGUUUGUGGGUGGCCUGACUGGGAAAUUGAAGAAAGCUGAUGCAGUCAGAGUCACUACCUUCAAUGGCUGUAUGGGAGAAACGUUCUUUGACAGCAAACCCAUUGGGCUGUGGAAUUUCCGCGAUAAAGAAGGAGACUGCAAAGGAUGUACAGUCAGCCCGCAGGUGGCAGACAGCGAGGGCACAAUACAGUUUGAUGGAGAAGGCUACGCUGUAGUGAGCCGCCCGAUACGCUGGUACCCCAACAUCUCAACUGUCAUGUUCAAGUUUAGGACCUUUUCUUCCAAUGCUCUACUGAUGUAUCUCGCCACCCGAGACUUGAAAGACUUCAUGAGUGUAGAGCUCACUGAUGGGCAUAUAAAAGUCAGCUAUGAUUUGGGCUCCGGCAUCGCUUCUGCUAUGAGUCACCAGAACCACAAUGAUGGAAAAUGGAAAUCCUUCACCCUGUCCAGAAUUCAAAAACAAGCCAAUGUAUCAAUUUUAGACAUAGAAACGAACCAGGAGGAGAAUGUUGUUACUUCCUCCUCAGGGAAUAACUUUGGUCUUGACUUGAAAUCAGAUGAGAAGAUAUAUUUUGGUGGAUUGCCUACACUUCGAAACCUGAGUAUGAAAGCCAGGCCUGAGGUAAACUUGAAGAAAUAUGCCGGUUGCCUCAAAGAUAUCGAAAUCUCCCGGACGCCAUACAAUAUACUCAGCAGCCCCGAUUAUGUCGGUGUGACCAAAGGAUGUGCCCUUGAGAACGUUUACACCGUUAGCUUUCCCAAACCUGGUUUCGUGGAAUUGCCUCCUGUCUCAUUUGAUGUGGGGACUGAAAUCAAUCUAUCCUUCAGCACUAAAAAUGAGUCCGGGCUCAUUCUGUUGGGUAACAGUGGGCCUCCGGCUGCACCCAGGAGGAAACGCAGACAGACUGGACAGGCCUAUUAUGCGAUAUUCCUCAACAAUGGCCGGCUGGAAAUACAUCUCUCCUUGGGGACCCGAACAGUGCGCAAAAUCAUCAUCAAGCCUGAGCCAAGACCAUUUCACGAUGGCAGAGAGCAUUCUAUUCAUCUGGAGAGAUCAAGAGGCCUGUUUACCGUUCAGGUGGACGAAGAGAGGAGUCACAUGCAGAAUCUGACAACGCAACAGCCUAUUCCUGUUAAAAAACUAUUUGUAGGGGGAGCCCCUCCAGAAUUCCAGCCAUCCCCUCUCCAGCACAUCCCUCCCUUCGAAGGCUGCAUCUGGAAUCUUGUCAUAAAUUCGGUCCCCAUGGAUUUUGCUAGGCCCGUGUCCUUCAAAAAUGCAGACAUCGGUCGGUGCACUGAGACGAAGCCCACAGAAGAUGAGGGCGAAGUGAUGACAGAGGAGAGCCUUUUCCCACCAGAGCAGGGUCCUGCGAAGGAGACAGAGCUCAUGCCAUCCACUCCAGCAUUUCCCCAACCAACCCCGUCCCCUAUUCUUUUUCACGGACCCUGUGCUGCUGAUACAGAACCAGCCAUUCUAUUGGACGGCAAGCAGUUUGGUCUGUCAAAACAUAGCCAUGUUGCAAUUGCAUUUGAUGACACCAAAGUUAAAAACCGCCUCACAGUUGAACUGGAGAUCAGAACAGAAGCAGAGUCUGGACUGCUCUUUUAUAUGGCAAGAAUCAACCAUGCCGAUUUUGCUACGGUGCAGCUGAAGAACGGCAUGCCCUAUUUCAGUUACGACUUGGGAAGCGGCAAUACCAGUACUAUGAUUCCCAUCAAAAUCAAUGACGGCCAAUGGCACAAGAUUAAAAUUAGCCGAGUCAAGCAGGAAGGAAUUCUUUAUGUAGAUGGAGCUUCAAGCAGGACCACCAGCCCCAAGAAAGCUGACAUUCUGGAUGUCGUUGGGAUGUUGUAUGUAGGCGGUUUGCCCUUUAACUACACCACAAGAAGAAUUGGUCCGGUGACCUACAGUAUUUCUGGUUGCAUCCGGAACCUGAAAAUGGAGGAGGCCCCCGUUGAUCUGGAGAAUCCGACAUCCAGCUUCCAUGUUGGCACCUGCUUUGCCAGUAAUCAGAAAGGCAACUACUUCGAUGGAACAGGUUUUGCCAAAACAGUUGGAGCCUAUAAAGUGGGAACUGAUCUUCUGGUGGAAUUUGAAUUCCGAACAACUCGGAUGAAUGGCGUCCUCCUGGGAAUCAGUGGCCAGAAAAUGGAUGGGAUGGGCAUUGAGUUGGUGGAUGAGAAAGUGCUCUUCCACGUGGACAAUGGUGCAGGCAGGUUCUCUGCUACCUAUGACGCUGGUGUCCCAGGCACUUUGUGUGAUGGCCAGUGGCACAAGGUCACUGCCAACAAACUCAAACAUCGCAUUGAGUUGACAGUGGAUGGGAACCAGGUAGAAAGCCAAAAUCCAAAUGCCGCAUCCACCUCAGCUGAUACGAAUGAUCCUGUGUUUGUUGGAGGGUAUCCUGGUGGCCUCAAUCAGUUUGGUCUGACAACUAAUAUCCGGUUCAGAGGAUGUAUCCGGUCCCUGAAGCUGACGAAAGGCACCGCCAAGCCACUAGAGAUUAAUUUUGCCCGAGCCUUGGAGCUAAGAGGUGUUCAGCCUGGAUCAUGCCCUGCCAGCUGAUUGCGAAUGAUUGAAGACUGAAUCAUGCCUCUUGAGCCUAUGUAUCCUGCAAAUGCAAUAUACUUCAGCUAUGUUUGUUAGUACAAAGCCUUCAUGCAACAACUACAAAUUCUAGCAGUGACAUGUUCCCUUGGUGCAAUCUCAGAGUAGAUCACAAAGUGAAAUUUUAAUUUGCUAACUCUGUUGUAUUGUGCUCUCCCCCGGGCUUCGUAAAUGCUGUGCACAUAGUAAGUGCUCAAUAAAUACUGAUGAAUGAUUUAUUGAUUUAGUUUCUCUCCCAGUAAGGGGGAAAAUUACUAGUAUCUUUUUCCCCUCAUGUCCUCUAUAGCUAGGGUGGAAGACUUCCCCUUUUGUCAUAUAGAGAGAAGGUUGUUUGCCAAUUCCUCCUAAAUCUUUUCCAGAAUUAUUUUCCCAGGUCUCACCUUUGGCCGCUUGGACCAUAUCCAUGAAGGAUUUUCUGGAGGAGGAUCUCAGCUUGUCUGCUUCCCCCACUUAAAGUUUUCAAAACAACUCCUGGCUCAUCUUUCUCUAAUCAAUCAAUCGAUUGUAUUUUCUGAGCACUUACUGUGUGCAAAGCACUGCACUAAGUGUUUGGGAGAAAACAAUGUAACAGAGUUGGUAGACACAUUUCCUGCCCACAAGUUUACAAUCAGCUUCACUAAGGUCGAAAACAUUCAAGUUUUGAAAGUACAGUUAUGGGUUAAUUGGGCAAUGCUACUGCCCUUCGUUUUUCAGGUUUGUUUUAGCAUAUAACUGUUUAGUUUUAGCAUAUAACUGUUUUAGCAAUCCACUCCAAGUUCUGUGAAUGGAACAUUUAACACAUCACCUAAUGUUGAAAUGAUGAACAAUUCAAAAAUUGCAUCAUUACUCAAACCCAUCAUCAACUCCUCUGUAUGUCUCUAAAUUUAAACCAUAAGCAAAUUCCCAAUCCCAGGGAAGAAGACAGGUUGGCUUUGAUUUUGGAAAAGUGUAUGAAUUGGAAGGGCAGGUAGACUGUAGACUGCCCUUACUGGACAGGGAUCGUGUCUACCAACUCUGUUUUAUUGUAUUUUCCCAAGUGCCUAGUGUAGUGCUCUGCACACAGAUCAAAUACCAUUGAUUGAUUGGGUUUUAGGAGCAGUAAUAGUAUUUAUUAAGCACUUGCUGCAUACAGAGACCUGUAUUAAGCCCUAGGAGAGACUACACAGGUGGAAAUUAGUGGAUAGAUGAUUUGCCACUCCCUUCCUCAGCAUUCCCUCUCAAGGAAAUACCACUGCAUCGUAGUUUGGGGAUUUGUUUUCAGACUCAUGUUUAUGAUUCACUCAGAAUGAGGCAUCCCCAACUUGGGCCAUAUCCUAUACUGGGGGCAUUUGUACCAUGGGAAACUUUAAAUACUGCACGUGUCCUUUCUCUCUACUUUGUACUUAGUUAACCUUCAAGGUCUCAUUUCAAAGCUUUAACCGAUUCUCUCAUUGUCCCCAGUAAGUUCUCCAGAGCUAAUCUUUCAGUCUCUGAAAGCACAGCCUUCACCAAGUUACCACCAGAGAACAAAGCACUUCACCUGCCAUUAUCAGUAUGGACUGUUGGAAGUUUCACAGUCUUGCAAAGUCACAAAAAGAUCAAAUUAACAUUGUAAAGAAAACAAGAAAAAUAAAUAGGGCACUUCUUAUCAAUGGCAGGCUCUGCUUUCCAAGAGGUUUUCUUAUCAAGAAAGCAGAUGAUGGUAAUUUGGAACUCUUUCUUCAACCAUACACUGUACCUGUUCUGUCCCUCACCACUAACCCCUGAAAUUAGCUAUGGUAUGUGCAAAGCAUUUGUGAUGUUAGGAGAAUAAUAACCUCAAAUGUUUCUCCAUCACUCACAUGAAGUUAUGUCCUGUUAAAUCUAAUACUUUACGGUCAAGCAUCAGCAAUAAAACUGCUUAAAAAACA